UAACAAGGGGAUAAAUCUAAAUCUAAUAACAGGGGAUAAUAUGAUGUGGUUUUAGUGAAAAGGAAAGAUAAGAAAUACUAUUACUGGCAGGUGUUUCGUGGAAAAAAUUGACGAGAUUUUUUAAGAUCUCGUUUGUGCGUGUUAACCCGAAACCCCUGACCCAACAAAAAAAAAUACAUAUUUAUAUUGGGGUCUAUUUGUUACAUUAGACGACGACGACGACUACGGUGAACAUAAAGAAAAAAUAUUGCAAAUACCUACCGUUCAGUGUUGUUUUUGCGAGAGUGGCAGAGACAUUUUCGUUGUUGUGACGUCGUUGAACUAAUUUACGCGCAUCACGUAUCCCCCCUUUCUAUACUGCAGCGGUGGUAACAAAUGUUUAAUUAAUUAACAAAACAGAUACGAUAAUUAAGUGUAAAACAAAUAUCCGGAUUAAAAACAAUGACGGUUCAUGAGGGAAAUAAAGAUGAGGCGAUGCGAUGCAUCGAUAUUGCUGUGCAAGCCCUUACGGAGGGUAAAUUGGAAAAAGCUGAAAAAUUCUUGUUGAAAGCUGAAAAAUUAUUUCCCACACCAAAGGCUAAAGCUCUGCUGUCUAAAGUAAAAAGUUUUCCCUCAAAUUCUGGUUCGUCGGCAUCAUCGUCGCAACGCGAAGAGGAUACCGAUGGAGUGCGUAAGCGAAAAAAUUCAGAUUCACGCAGCGCUGAACCCACUUAUACUUCGGAUCAGUUGGAGGCGGUGCGCAAAGUUAAGAAAUGCAAGGACUAUUAUGAAAUUCUAGGUGUUACCAAGACUUCAACAGACUCGGAGAUUAAGAAGGCCUAUAAAAAACUCGCUCUACAACUGCAUCCCGAUAAGAAUCGAGCACCUGGUGCUGUAGAGGCUUUUAAAGCCAUUGGCAAUGCUGCCGCUGUUCUUACAGAUCCGGAAAAAAGGAAACAAUAUGACUUGUAUGGAAGCAAUGAUAUACAUAGCGGUCAUGGUGGGGGCGGUACUGGUGGCAUGCGUACCACUUACCAAACAAAUGAUUUUGGCUAUGAAGUUAAUGCUGAGGAGAUUUUCAAUUUAUUCUUUGGUUCGGGUUUCCCACCACAAAAUGUCUACAUGAGAACGAAUAGGCGCCGCCAGCAACAGAGAGAAGAGAGAGAGAAUCAAUCAUCUUCUUCUGCCUUAAUUAAUUUGUUGCCCAUAUUGGUGUUGAUUGGCUUGUCUAUGAUGUCCUCAUUCUUUAUAUCGGAUCCAAUUUAUAGUUUGACACCAUCACAUAAAUAUUCAGUAAAGCGUGAAACCAAUUCCAUGAAGAUUCCUUAUUAUGUUAAGGACAACUUCUAUUCGGAAUAUCAAGGUUCAGUGGGACGUCUAGAGGAGUCAGUUGAGGAAGAUUUCAUAAAUCAUCUAAAGCUAUCCUGUAGUCGAGAAAGAAAUUAUCGUGAUUCUAUGUUAGCAAAGGCUCGCACUUUCAACGAUCAUGGCAUGUUCCGCAAGGCUCAGAACAUAAAUAUGCCCUCAUGUGACAAUCUACAAAAGUAUUUGAACACAUAGUUUAAGCCGGUCAGAAAUGAUUACAAACAUAAAAUUCAUUUAAAAGAAACAAUACCACGCUAUCCGACGAUCACCUACCUAUAAACUUAAA